AAGCCCUCUUUCAGACUUCACUCCAGUCUGAGCAGUUCACUUCUCAAUAGCCUAACAGUAUUUCAUAGUAUUGAAGUUUACAGUUUAAAAGAGCCAGGGAUGAUUCUUCUUACUGUGCUUUUCCCUUGCAUCAUUUCAACCUACUCAGCAUCUGUGAAGGGCCACAAUAUUGGUCCACGGAUAAACAAUGACAAGUUGUACAAAUUUGCUUACUCUACGGAAGUACUUAUUGACAGGGUGAACGGUGCACCACAGGAGAGUGCGGGCUACCGAAUUUCAUCUGGAGUGGAUGUCAACUUAGUAUGGAGGAACCCCAAUAAUGAUGACGACCAGCUGAUCAAAAUUGCGAUUCAAGAUGUAGCUGUUGAAAAUGUGAAUGAGCGCCCUCCAGGAAAAAAUGUUUUUAAAGGCAAAAAGAUAGAUGCAGUAAUUGAAAAAGAACAUCUGACUGCUUUAAAGAGGCCUGUGGUUCUGCACUGGAUUCGUGGAAAGAUUAAAACCUUCUACUCCUAUGAAAAGGAACCUGUAGUUAUCCAGAAUCUCAAGAGAGGUUUGGCGAGCUUGUUUCAGAUACAGUUGCACUCUGGGACUGCAAGUGAGGUGGAUAUCUGUGGGAAAUGCAAUGUUACUUACCAGGCUCGAGAAAACCAACUUACUAAAAUAAAAGCUUGUAAGUUAGAACGGAUGGGUUUCACCAGUCAAAAUCAGCUCUUUGACAUCAGCAAAAAAUCCACUUCGGCUACAAUAUAUGUGCUGGAGGACACCUUCAUUAAAUCUGUGCGGGCAGAGGAAAAUCAUGUUUUAAAAGCAAACAUUCAUCGAAAAAGUGAUGCAAAAAUAAUUUCAAAGCAGAAAAUGGAACUGAAAUCAACAGAAGGUGGGCCAAGGAUGAUGGCUGGGAAACAAGUUGCCAGCAUUGUCAAGGCUCUGGAUUCAAAUUAUGUUGCAGUUUCACUCAUGGCAGAGCCUGCCUCAGAGGAAUGCAGAAACUGUCCCUCGCUUUCUCAACAAUGGGAGAACAUCCGAAAACAGUUGGAACCAGAAAACCUUUCAAAAGCUGAUGCUGCAAGAGGAUUUUUGUACCUUAUUCAAAAUUUAAGAAAAGCUACGAAAGAGGAAAUCCUGCAGAUACUCAGAAGUGAACGAAACAUGGGAAUACUUCCUCAGUUAGUUGACGCUGUAGCCUCGGCACAGACCACGGCAUCUCUAGGAGCCAUGCUGGAUUUUCUGGAUUUCAAGAACAAGAAUGGAUCUGUCCUACAGGAGCGGUUCCUGUAUGCCUCUGGGUUUGCAUCUCAUCCUAAUGAGUUCCUACUCAAGUCUUUAAUUAAUACUUAUAACAGUCAAAUCGGCAGCAAUGAAAUCCGAGAAAUCGUUGUUAUAAUUACUGGAGCACUCAUCAGGAAGUUGUGUGACAGAGGAGGCUGCAAACUACCAGCUGUUAUGGAGGCCAAGAAACUGAUCUUUGGGGGCUUGAACAGGGCAGAAAAAGCGGAUGAUGUGAAGGUCUACCUUCUGGCGCUAAAGAAUGCUCUUUUGCCUGAAGCUAUUCCCGUGCUUCUAAAAUAUGCAGAGUCAGGAGAGGGGCCCAUCAGCACCGUUGCUGUGACUGCCUUGCAGAGAUAUGACUAUUCCUUCAUUACCAGUGAGGUGAAGAAAACAUUGAACAGGAUUUAUCACCAGAACCGCAAAGUCCAUGAGAAAACUGUACGUGUCACCGCGGCUGCUAUUAUUUUGAGCAACAAUCCUUCCUUUAUGGAAGUUAAAAACCUCCUGCUCUCAAUUGGAGAGCUGCCACUGGAAAUGAAUAAGUACAUGCUUUCUCUAGUCCAGGACAUUCUGCAUUUUGAAAUGCCUGCCAGCAAAAUGAUUCGCGGAGUUCUGAAGGACAUGUUGAUUCACAACUAUGACCGAUUCUCAAAGAUGGGUUCUUCUUCAGCCUUUUCUGGACACCUAAAACGUGGCCCAGAUGCCUCGUCUACCUAUAGCCUUGACAUCCUCUAUUCUGGCUCAGGUAUCUUUAGAAGAAGUAACAUGAAUAUCUUACUUUUCAAUGACUUUGCUCGGCUGCAAGCCACCCAGGUGGUCCUUGAGGCCCAGGGUCUGGAAUCCUUAAUAGCUGCAAAUGCAGAUGAAGGUGAAGAAAAUUUGGAGUCCUUUUCUGGUGUGUCAGCAAUUGUGUGUGAUGUUCAGCUUAGGCCAGUCACCUUUUUCCAAGGAUAUGGUGAUUUAAUGUCUAAAAUGUUCUCAGCCACUGGAGACCCUGUAAAUGUUUUAAAAGGACUCAUUCUCCUGAUGGAUUACUCCCAGGUAAUCCAGCUACAAUCUGGUCUGACUUGCAGCACUGAAUUCCAGGGAGGCAUUGCCAUUGAUGUCUCAGGCGGGAUAGAAUUCAGCCUUUGGUACCGAGAAUCCAAAACAAAUGUCAAAACCCAGGGAGCUGCGGCAAUUGUUGGCAACAUUGUUGUGGACGCCUCCUUUGUGAAGGCUGGCAUGGAAACCAGUUCUGAAGUCGAAGCGACACUGGAUGUGCUCACCACUGUACAGUUUUCACAGUAUCCCUUUUUAGUCUGCAUACGGAUGGACAGAACAGAGACCCCAUUCAGGCAAUUCGUUACUAAAUACGAAGGCCUAACACCUGGAAAACCUUAUGUAAUCCGGAAAGGAAAAGUGGGGCUGCUGGACGGUUCUGAAUAUCCCCUCCACCAAGAAAACUCCCAUAUGUGCAGGAAAGUUUUCAGUGACCAGUCUGACUCCUCAUCGGAAAGUUGGUUUUAAUAGACAUCUGACCAACCCCAUGCCUGAUGUUGGUUUCCAUGUACUGCUGUGCCAACUUAGGGCCUGAAUCUGUGAUGGUCAUGUCUAGGAGAACUUUGCUGUCAACUUCAAGAGGCCCAGAAUCAAGUCUUGAGUGUGUAUAUAUACUUGUUUACAUAUUUACUUAUAUUUAAGAAGUGGGUGUCUGGGCUAGGGUGGGUUAGGGCGGGUUUUGCUUCAAGGGAUUCACACAGGAUAAUGUGAUAUGGCACCUCACUUUAUGUUUCACAAAGUAUUUUUCUUUGAUUUUCCCCCCAAAAGUAUCUAGUGUAAAAUGAAGGUGUAACUUGGAUUGGGGUCACAAUGCUGGGCAAAGAUUUCUUUUCUGGCUCAUUAUCUCUCCCAUCAAUCCCAAAACUUAAAAAUUCCUCUAAAGGUGUUUCUCAUCUCAGAGGGAAAAUAAAGACAUUUGUUUUGUAUCUUUCCUCUCCUCUCCCUAUUUAAUAAUAUUUCAAGUAAUGUAAUAGCAGAAAAUCAUGUCAGGGAAGGGGAAUGCAGGGAAAUGCAUGAUCUUUCCUUGCUUAACAUUACACUGCUAUAGUUCCUUUAACUAUAGAAAACCAAAGAUUGCAGAUAUAGUUGGGAAUUGUCCUGUUAUAUCUAGCUUAUCCCAAAAGAUCCAUGUCACUUUAAUGUUAUUUUUUCCUCUGUGUCAGAAGUGAUUUGGGAAACUGCAAGUCGCUUCUGGUGUGAGAUAAUUGGCCGUCUGCAAGGACAUUGCCACCCAGAUGUUUUUCCAUCCUGUGGGAGGCUCAUGUCCCUGCAUGAGAAACGAGCUGGCAGACGGGAGUUCACCCCAUCUCGUGAACCACUGACCUGCAGGUCAACAGUUCAGCCGGCACAAGGGUUUAACUCAUUGCACCACCAUGGCUCCACAGCAAAUAUACAUUGUUUCCUCAACCAGGAAAUACAAAACACUGUGAUAGGCAAUUUUGAAAGUGACGCAGUACAACAGUUAUUAUUUAUAGGUGUAUUUAUCGCUUUGCCAUCCACAGUAGACUCAUUGUUGAAGGGAUUAUUGUUUUAGUGGUGUUGUUUUUUUAAAAAAAUGACAUUCUUAAAAACACUUUUCUGUGCAAAUCGUUGGUGAAACUGGAACCUUGAUCUCCUUGAGAUAUAUCAUUUCCCCCCACUGCCAAACUUGUACAGUUCUGGUUCAGUAGGAGUGUUUUGUAUUCUGCACAAAAAUUAUUAUGUACUUUUAUGCACAUUUUUAUAUUUUUGCAUUUUUCUAUGCAUGUACAAAUUAACAUGCACAUUUGUGGGCAUUUUUUAUUUUUUAUUUUUGGCAUAUUUUUCAUAAUUAGAUGAAUAGCUGAGUUAUGUUCUAGGACAACCCCAUACAUUUUAAUGGGGUGACAGUAGAUGAUCCUAAUGGAUGUUUACCUCUCCCUUGCACAUUGUUGCAUGAUUUGUUUAAUUGGAAUAGAGAGACAAAAUAGUGUUAGGAAAUUAUUUUUAACAGCAGUAAACCUUUUAUGUUUCAUUUAUAUAUGUUCAUAAAUAAUUAUUCUACAUAUUAUUCACGUGAGAUAUAGUUUUGUUUUCUUUGUUUUUUCAUGUCAGGAGUGACUUGAGAAACUGCAAGUUGCUUCUGUUGUGAGAGAAUUGGCUGUCUGCAAGGACAUUGCCCAGGGGACACCCGGAUAUUUGAUGUUUUACCAUCUUUUUGGGAAGCUUCUCUCAUGUCCCUGCAUGGGGAGCUGGAGCUGACAGAAGGAGCUCAACUCGCACUCCCUGGAUUCAAUCUGCUGACCUGUCAGUCCACAGUCCUGCCAGCACAAGGGUUUAACUCACUGCGCCACUGGGGGCUCUAUGAGAUAUAGUUUGUAAUUUACAGAAUAAUCAGAAGACCCCUAGUGUUCAAUGUUCUAAUAGUUAGUGCAUUUAAGAUUACAACCCGAUUCUAGAUGGGGAAUGGGGUGUUCUUUUUGCUUCACCACCCCGUUCCCCAUCUCUCCAUUCUAAAGAAUUUGGGCUAACAAACUGUACACUCAGAAAUGAUACAACACUAAAUAAAGUGUUGGUUGUAUUUGUUGAGAGAAUCAUAGAAUCAUAGAGUUGGAAGAGACCUCAUGGGCCAUCCAGUCCAAUAUUGUAUUCAAAGCACCCCUUACAGAUGGCCAUCCAGCCUCUGUUUAAAAGCUUCCAAAGAAGGAGCCUCCACCACACUCCAGGGCAGAGAGUUCCACUGCUGAACAGCUCUCACAGUCAGGAAGUUCUUCCUAAUGUUCAGAAAUGGCAAACAACAUGUGACUUCAGUAAAAAUACAUAUUCUGUAUUGGUCUGUAGUUCUGAAACAAAGCUCUCGACUGGGGAUCAAGAGAAGAUCUGAAAAUAUCAAAAUACUCCCUACACUUUAUUAAUGCCUUCCUAAGAUACUGUAGAGCCGCCAGUGGUGCAGUGGGUUAAACCGUCAAAUUGCUGAACUUGCUGACCAGAAUGUCAGCAGUUCGAAUCCGGGGGGCAGGCUGAGCUCCUGCUAUUAGCCCCAGCUUCUGUCAACCUAGCAGUUCGAAAACUUGCAAAUGUGAAUAGAUCAAUAGGUACUGCUCCGGCAGGAAGGUGACAGUGCUCCAUGCAGUCAUGCCAGCCACAUGACCUUGGAGGCGUCUACGGACAACAUCGGCUCUUUGGCUUAGAAAUGGAGAUGAGCACCACCCCCCAGAGUCGGACACAACUAGACUUAAUGUCAGGGGAGACCUUUACCUUUACCUAUGUAUAGAAAUAUUGAGAGCCAGUGUAAUGUAGUGGUUUGGGAGCUGUUUAUUCUAACCAAAGAAGAAUACAAAAGUACCGGCCCUUGUGUUCUGUAAAAACCGAUGUGGAUUCUCAGGAUCACUCUGUGGCUUAGAAUGGAUCCUCAUGAUCAUUUCACAAAUUUGACUGCCCUUGUUUAUGGACAACGCCGGCUCUUCGGCUUCGAAAUGGAGAUGAGCACCACCCCCAGAGUCGGACACGACUAGACUUAAUGUCAGGGGAAAACCCUUACCUAAGAUACUUCAUUUUCUAUAUUGUAUUGCAUUAAGACAGCCAUGGGUCCCAUUUAUUCUGUUUAAUCUGUAAAAUCCUUCUGCAUAACCAUAACUUACACAUUAGUUCUCUGGUUUUCCUCAAAUACUUUGCUGGCCAAAUUCAUCAAAAUGACCGCAGCUACCCUGAUACUUUUAUUACUAUUGUGAAAUAGAUAGAUAGAUAGAUAGAUAGAUAGAUAGAUAGAUAGAUAGAUAGAUAGAUAAAGUAAUCAUGACAUAAGUCUAUCAUAAAAUUGCUGAGACUAAUUAAAAGAUCUGCUGUUGGAAUUUGACAAGACAGAUAUGACUUCAGUCCUUAGACAUUUUAGCUUGGGGCAGUCCCUAAUGUACAUACCUCAUAGAAGUCUUGGGGGACUAGAAGGAGAUUUGUUUAUCUUGCCUUGAGCAUCUUGGAGGAACAGCAGAAAAAGAUGAAAUAGGAAACACCACACACAUUCUUCCAUAAACCAUCCAAUGAUGAUUAGGAAGGCAAGGACAUCCAGGUAAUCCAAAGCGUACUUUCCAUCUGUGUAUACCUGUGGAUCCUGCAUGGAAAUAAAUGGGAAGGCUGCAUCCAUGCACUGGAAUUCCUGCCUUCAAUGAGGUGUUGGAUUAUGGAAAAUGUGUUCACCUUUGUUGCCUAGUGAAUCACAUUUCAACAGGAUGAUUAUACUUUCUAAAAACAUUAUAUAUUGUUGUCAACUACAAACUUGAACGCCCAUACAGAAUCUAUCAAAUAAAACUGGAAAAGUUGAAUGAGAA